GAAGCACGUGGGAUGCCGCCUUUUACAGCCGCACUUGACCUGGAAGUAUGAGUUCCUCCGUUGCUUCCUUGGAGCUCUGGGUGAAGAGAGCUUGGACUCCCUUCACGAGGAGAUCCGUGUCGUGGGCAAUAUGCGCCAUGACCAUGGAAGCUGGGCAGUUCGCACAUCGAAGGAUAUGUCAAGGAUUCUUCGACAUGAAGCGACCACAUGCCUGGGGAACUACAUGGAGGCGUCACUGGAAGAGCUUCAGCGAAUGAGGCUCAAGCCGUUCGAGUGGGAGCCACGCAAAUUCUUUGCGAUUGUUUGCGCCAACUCGAAGGGCCGCUUCAACCUCUGGGUUUCUCCCAAGGCUCUGGUCUUCAAUCGUUUCUUUGAUUGGGACUUCGAGAUUGGGAUUGGUGCUAUCCAGGGUCACUCCAGGAUGCCAGGCCUGGUGCUCGGUUUCACGCGUGCCGGCUGGCGAACCGGCCGUAUGGCCAUCCACUUUGUCUAUGCAGGUGGAGAGGAGUCGCCGGGGCUCGGGACGCACAUCAAGUACGGAAGCUACAUCUUCUACGCGAAGUUGGACUACGUCCACUUCUGGGAGCACGGCCACGAGUUGUACCUUACGGACAACGGCGUAGUCGGCGUAGUGCUCGCGUACCAGGAUGUUGCUCCAAUGUACUUGACCUUCCAUUACCGUCCGCCGCACGAGAAGGAUCCUGGCGGCCUUCGACACGAGGCAAGGCAGAAUACGGCAGGGGUAGGCCCGACCAGCUCCAAAGAAGAGGCCAAAGGCCCUUUUCAGAAGCUCAUAAGAGAGCACGAGCUGGAGGAGGAGAAGAAGCGCCAGGGCACAGAGACGGAGGGCUCCACCAGAUAUGCGUAUCAAGCUGGGGACACUGUCCACGGCAAGGUCGAUGCGCGCCGGCUCCAAAAGGAAGAGGAGCUGAAUGAGGUGUUGCUCAAGGAGGGCCAGAAGAUGUGCUCCACCUUGAAGCUUACUUCGUGGCACGCUCUGUCACACGAUAAAAGCGGGAUCUGCGGCGGUGAGUACAACUGGGCUACGUGGAUGCAACAUCCUCUCUCCGGUUAUUCCCUGCACUUCUUCUACAAGGCUUUCGAGUUUGGGAAGUUGACGGGGAACUACCUGGUGGAGUUUCGAGACAAGCCUAAGGUCUACACCGGCGGCUACACAAGUCCAUUCGAAAUCAUUUCGGUGGAAUUCCAGGGGGAGAGCGACAUUCGGGAACGAAAACCGAAGCCUGAGGAACCAGGCUAUGCGGAGAAACUGGAGGCACACCAUGCAUACCUCAAGGAAUGGGAGGUGUACCGUGAAAUCCAGUAUGUCCGCGAGGACUUUUCCACGCUGAUCUCGGUUGUCACUGAAGCGUACGGGCCCGACUUCUUCACCUAUAUUCAGCGCAAUGCGCAGAAUACGGAAGUCCGUCGGAAGUACCUCGUCAAGACCCCUGAGGGGUAUGGCCUGUACGAUUCCACGCUUCAGCAGCCGUUCAACGGCCCGUAUAUUCUCGCCUGCCUUGAGAAGGUCUUCAUGCAGAAUGCCGAAGAGAAAGACCUCAAGUCUAAGUUCGCACGCAAGGCAAAGAAGGACCUUAUGGCAUACCUCGAACUCAAGGAGAAACGGGAAGCUGAACUGGAGGAGCUCUACACGCGUCCCUAUGAGGACAUUGCCGUUGAAGAGUUCCUUGAAAAGCCUCCUGUUCCGCAGGUCGAGGAGGUCGUUGAUCCCGAACAGGACGCUCCAAUGGACACCUCCGAUGUCGCAGCAGGGUCAGCGGACUUACCACCGGGUAAGAUGGCUGGCUCGGCAAAGACGGAGACACCCGAUGUGCCAAUGGAGACCGAUGCUCCAGAAAGCUCUCCACCGGGGGAGGAAUCUGGAGUAAAGGUCGAACCUACCGAAAGCUCUCUACCGGGAGAGGCAUCGGUUACCAAGGAUGAGCACAUGGGUGACAACGACGAAUCGAUGGCACCAGAAAGCUCUUCUUCUGAAGAGGCGCCUAUGCCAGACAUUUCUCCUGAAAAGGAUGCUGAAGGUCCCAUCUUGUACGACCAGGGCAUCUGGGGAAAAUGUGAGAACGUCGUUGAUCCGGAGGCUUUCAAAAGGGCAGUCAAGGAAGCCGAGACUCAAAACGAGUCGGCGUUCAACAAUAUGGAGAACGCGAAGGAGAAAUACGGCCUCGAAGAUGCCGAUGAAUACCAGGAUUUCCUCUCUACCCUAGCUCAGAUCGAAAAGACGAGUCCUAUGCGUCUUCUUGCAGAUCAAGUCGAAAGCUACGGGUAUAGUGGUCUAUACCACACCGGUAUCAGAGACGAAGCCUAUGACCCCAUCUCCUCGUUCAAGGUACAGCACAUGAACUGGCGCGCUGUACGGGAGCCGCAUCCAGCUCAGAAGUUCUCUCUCUCCGAGAAGGACCUCUUCAGUCAGCUGUGCAGAAUGACUCCCAUAUACCAGCGUCGCCCAGAUCGUCUUGAUGUCAUUUUCAGGACAGGUGAUGUGCGCUCUACCUUGGACGACAAGUUGAUGGAAAGAGCAUCUUCAUCUCAAGCUGCCGCUAUGGAGGCUUAUGAUGCUCUUCUGGAGAAGGUCAAGGAGCUUCACAACGACGGCCGAGCUGCUACGCGGGAGGAGUUGCUCAAUGCCAUGCUCCAUUACUUCCUCGGUGUUGGUGUUGACGAAGAGGAUAUCGGAGACUU